AUGAGUGCAGCUGCAGGGUCCAAGAAGUUCAGGCACGCGAUCCUCAAGAACCUGGUUCUAGGGCUCAGGAAGCGCGGUGCUGCGUCGUCGUCGAGGGGCAUGAGCCUCCACGAGAGGAGGGACGCCGUCAGGCACGCCGCCGACGCCGCCCUCGCCUCGGCAAGGGGCGCCGGGCCGCGCUGGAGCUGGGCCCUGGCAGCGGAGCUCUCGUCGACCCAGCACGGCCGCCGCCGGCCGCUCACCAGCUGGGCCGCCGACGACGACGACGACGCGCACCACCUUGUCGUUGCACGGCCUUCGGGUCAAUGCAAGUCGUCGUCGCCGUGCAAGACGGUGGCAGCCGCCGGCUGCAAGAAUAUGAUCUCGAGGAGGCGACUCCGGGCGAGGCCCAAGAGCAGAGCCACGGCCAGAGCGGCAGGCGCUGUCGCGAGGGUCAUGGCGAGGAGGCGGGCCAGGGCGCUGAGGGAGAUGGUGCCGGGAGGGAGAGGGAUGGUGGACGAGUGCACGCUGCUGGGUGAAACCCUAGACUACGCCGCGUCUCUCAAAGCUCAGGUCGAUGCGAUGCAGCUCCUGUUGAGGACUCUCCAGGCCCCCAAGAACCCUUUGCUGAAGCAGCAGCAGUGA